AUGUUUCUCUCAUCAUCAGUUUAUUGUCUUCCUCUCACGAACCCGGAACCACUGCACUCCACCUCUCCCACCGGGCCACCGGCCGCCAGUCUCACUGCAUCGCCAUUUCAGUUCAGAUUUUUCUUCUUUUCAGGUUAUAUGUCUGGCCAAAUGAAUUCUAGUUUUGGGGGUGCUGAAUUUGUUACAUCAGAAGAAGUAGAGUCUAGUGAUAGAAUAGAUGAAACUCAGAGUGGAGAGACAACAAAUAAGAAAAAGAGAAGAUCUCCUACAUGGGAUUACUUUACUUUGCAAACGAUUGACAAUGUAUUGAAAGCAGUGUGCAAUCACUGCGGGAGGCACAUGGCGGCAGGAAAAAAUAAGGGGACUAAGCAUUUAAAUCUUCAUGUAGAUCGAUGUCCAGUGUUGAAAGAACAACGUGCAAAUGCCAUUGCAAGUCCUGUAGUCACCUACAAUCUUGAUCAAGAACUAGGAAGAAAAAAGUUAGCUCAUAUGAUUAUUCUACAUGAGUACCCUUUAUCGAUGGUUGAACACAGUGGAUUUAUAGAUUUUGCAAACACGAUUUCUCCUAUGUUUCAAUUGAUGUCAAGGAAUACAAUAAGGUCUGACAUUAUGAAGAUACAUAAGCUUGAGAAGGAAAAAUGUGGAGAAAUUUUGAAGAAAAAUAAAAGUAGAAUAGCUUUAACCACCGAUAUGUGGACUGCCAAUCAUCAAAAGAGAGGAUAUAUGGCUGUUACAGCUCAUUUUAUAGACGAUGCUUGGACCUUGCAUAGUCGGAUUAUAAGCUUUAAGUAUGAACCAUGCCCACAUGACGCUUCAGCACUUACAGAGGCACUAAGUUCUUCAAUGUCUGAAUGGAGCAUUGAAGAUAAGGUUAGUACGGUGACACUUGAUAAUGCAUCCACUAAUGAUGCAAUGAUUCCACUUUUGAAGCAAAAAUUUGAUCCUAGUUGCUUUAUUUUGAAUGGAGAGCUGCUUCACAUGCGUUGGUGUGCACAUAUUUUGAAUUUUAUUGUUAGAGGUGGUUUGUCUGUUAUCGGUGAUAGCAUUGAUAAGAUUCGAGAUAGUGUCGCUUAUUGGUCAGGCACACCAAAACAGUAUGAGAAAUUUGAGGAGAAUGCUCGUCACCUUGGAGUCACAUGUACUAAAAAGUUGUCUCUUGAUUGUAUUACAAGAUGGAAUUCAACAUACUUAAUGAUAAAGACAGCUUUAUUGUACAAAGCAGUAUUUGAGCGAGCAAAGCUUUGUGAUCCAAAGUAUAAAUGUUUGCCAUCAGAAGAUGAUUGGAUUAGAGCUUAA